AUGGGUAACCGUCAGUCACGUUCUUUUGGUUUCAGUCGUCGUCGCUUUCCUGGUCGAAAAGCCAGCAGUAAAGCUCGUAAAAGCAAAAAAUAUGAUAGUAACGUUUACAAAAUUGGGGCAACCAAAUUCAUUUCAGAGAAACUAUUAAACAGCAACAAUAUGGAUGAUUCUGUGUCUCCUAAGCUCCUUGAAAAAUUCUCAUUGGCUUUGAAUGCGGUUUCGGCAGAAGAUAUGACCAAAAUUCUGCUAAGUCGUGAGGUUACUAUUAGCGAUAUUCACGUUUUCUCUGAAAAAAUCGAAUUGGAAGCCAAAGUGACAAAUCAGAAAUCUUCUGGAAGAUGUUGGUUGUUUGCCGCCACAAACGUGAUGAGAUUGAUUCUUAUGAAAAGAUAUAAUAUCGAUGAAUUAGAAUUAUCUCAACCUUAUCUCUUCUUUUAUGAUAAACUUGAGAAAUCUAAUUUCUUUUUGGAGAAUAUGAUUCAACUUGCCGGCAAAGAAUCCAUAGAUUCGCGCUUGGUUCAAUAUUUGCUAAAGGAUCCAGUUAACGAUGGUGGUCAAUGGGAUAUGGUCGUUAAUCUAUUAACAAAAUACGGUGUCGUUCCUAAAGCGGCAUUUCCUGAGAGCUACAAUUCCUCUAAUACUUAUAGGGUAGACAUGAUACUCACAUCUAAACUUCGAGAAUUCGCUCAUAAAAUACGUGAUUUACAUGCGAAUGGAUACAAUGUCGAUAAGUUACGUCAUUUAAAAGUGCGAAUGAUGGAAGAUGUUUAUCGUAUUUUGGCAAUCUGUCUUGGGGAGCCCCCAAAACGUUUUGAUUGGACUUUCCGCGACAGGGAUGGAAAAUAUCACCAAUUUCUUAAUCUGACUCCAAAGAAAUUCUACGAUGAAAUCAUCCAGUAUAAGGCAGAAGAAACCUUCUCUUUGGUUAAUGAUCCUCGUAAUCCUUACCGUGAAUUGUAUACUGUCGAAUAUCUUGGAAAUAUUUGCGGUGGUUAUCCGAUCAGAUAUGUUAAUAUCCCAAUUGAUGAAAUGAAAAGACUCACGAUCCAAGUCCUUCGUUCGGGAAGACCUGUUUGGUUUGGUGCAGAUGUUGGGAAAUUCUCGCAUUAUUCAUUGGGUAUUUUGGAUAACAAGGUCUACGACUUUGAACUUGCUUUUAACAUAAAAUUUGGCUUGAACAAGGAGCAAAGAUUACAUUAUGGUGAUAGUUCGAUGACUCACGCAAUGGUCUUUACUGGCGUUCAUAUUGAAGAUGAUAAACCAAUUCGAUGGCGUGUAGAGAAUUCUUGGGGUGAUGAUCGAGGUCAAAAAGGAUAUUUCGUAAUGUCUGAUGAUUGGUUCAGUGAUUGGGUCUACCAAAUUGUCUUGGAAAAGAAGGAUGCGCCUAAAGAAUACGUUGAUGUUUUGGAUCAGAAGCCCAUUGCUUUACCUGCAUGGGAUCCGAUGGGCUCCCUUGCGAAAAUUUAA